AUCCAUCCAUCCACAUUGUGGCAGAACGACUCCCGCGUCUUGGGAUUCCGACCCUGAGGUGACUGUAAAGGCGAUGCCCACAGCAAUUCAGCGCUCCAAAUCUGCCAGCGGCAGCUGUGCGUGAGUGCGAGUGCGAGUGCCUGAGAUGCCUCGCAACGCCUUGGCGGAAUCCGGUGCGGUGGAGCGCUUGGCAACAGAGCAACACCGUGAAGAAUACAACAACAGCGUGCUGCCUCUCGACACCGAACCACCCGCAGCCAUCGCUUCUCUUCCUCCCCCACCUCCGCCCGCACCAGAACCCUUCCUCACCCUCCAGUCCGUCCUCACCGAGGUUUCCAUCGUCAUUCUUGCCAUUGUGGCCGCAUAUUCCGUGUGUUCGUACUUUGACCAAUUUGAGAUUUUGAGGCGCGAGAAAAGAUUGUAUUCGACUUUGUGGAUGAACGCUCAAACUUUCUGGCACGAAAACUGGCUGUGGACAGUUGAUCAUGUUACCGAAGGGAAUAUGUUUAUUCUACAGUCCGUAGUGACUUGUGGUGCGCUCUUCUGGUGAGUAUAAACUAUCUGCCCGCCCCGCUUCCCAUGAUCGACUCGAAAAGCUCCAAAAAUGCUUACUUGUACCUUCAAAGGCUCCUACAUCGAGCAUGGAUGACUCUUUGGACACCCGUCCCUGAACUGAUCAGCAUCCUCGGCGUCGAAGUUCCCGAUUCUCCUGAAGUAUCACUUGCAGGUAUUGCGGCGGAAAACAUUACUUUACGAUGGACACGACCCGGCGCAAACAAACCUGUGGUCAAGUACUUGAUCCAGGUCAAUGGAGUGAAUGGUAUGUAUGGAUAAUGGUAGAAAUCGCUGUUACUGACAGAAAGCAGUGGGGGAGUCCUCGCGACUGGAAACGGCAAUUACUGUUACGGGACUAAAGCCGGGUCAUUUUUACAACGUGAGGGUGAUCGCUGUCGGAUCCAACAAUUUUCAAGCUGGGAGCAGGGUCAUACGAUUGAGGACAUAUGGCAAAGAUGGUCGCCCACAAUUGGGCAAUGGCCGUAUGCCGUCGAAUUUAUCCAUGGAAGACCAGAGCAGUGAUAGUGGGGAGGAGUCUACUACGGUACGAACUCACGGUGCCGGAGUAGAAGCUGCUACAACGGAACCAUGCCCGCCCACAACACGGGAACCAAGUAGCAGUGUCAACGUCGGACAAAGGCGAAAUACUAUGAGCAGGAAGCAUUCCCCCUCAAAUGCUGCCACGGAUCAGGCAGCCUUAGCGGCCAUUGCCUCGAAUCAACCCGAGGAAACCAUGCAGCAGCUCACUGAAAAGUUCGAGGCCAUCCGUAGAGACACGGAAGAAGUGAUGGGUCAAGUCGCCCGGGAGUCGGAGGAGUACAAAAUCCAGAUACUUGAUUUAAUGAAGGAGAAGGACGAGAAACGAAGAGCCUUGAAAGAAAAGGAGGAAGCAAGUGAAAAGUUGAAGAAAGAAGUCAAUUACUCGGAGCGUUCUAACCGACAAGCCCAAAACCGAAAGCAACAAAAGGAAAAAGUUUUGAAGGAGAAGCAAAAUGAGAGAGCCAAAAUGCAAGCUGACGUGGCACGAUGGAGGAAAGAAAUUGAUGAAAUGAAGGCGGAGAGAGAGAAGUGGCAGAAAGAGAAGGAUGAACUCUUGAGAAAUAAAGAGCAAAGGGCCAAAGAACUUCGAGAAACGAUUAGGAAACGGCAAAACUCCGUUGACGGUUUAGACCAAGUGAUCAGGCUUAAAGGUCUUCAAAUCAAGGAGCUUGAAGCCGCACGUAAAACACUUCCUGGAGGCGAAGAUGACGACGAAUCAAGAGCAAUUGAUGCCGCAGAAAAACAGCGUGACCUGGAAUGGGAAAUGAGGGAGAAAGACUUGGUACGACAGCUCAAUUCGCAACAAGUACAACUGCGACAGCUUGAAGUGCAAUAUCACAAUGCUCAGAACACAUACAAUGCAUUAGGAGCCAGGUUGGCAAACAACCCGCUGGCGAAUAAUCCACUGAUGUAUCAUGGAAAUUCUUCUGGUGUGGACUUUGAUCCCGCAAGUCAAGGCAAAGCUAAAUCUCGCCGCACUCGUAACCGCAAAAGCCGCAACGGAACUGUUUCCUCGCCUGUUCCAGGUUUCGCUAUGAUGGAUUCCCAGUAUUCAAACAAUCCCUACAACAACAUGAAUAAUACAGCAUCUCCAUCCUUUGCUCCUGGACCUUACUUUGAUCUUAACCACGAUAUAGCCAUGGUACCUCUUGCGGAACAAACGAUUGGAAUGAGCGAGGCAGAGGUACGCGCGAUGACUGCCGGAGCACCUCUGAGUCCUACCGCGACUUCUCUGUUGCCAUCCAAUAUAUUUUCGGAUGAUGACCCGAGUCUGGAAGGCGAUAACUCUCCUCGAUCCUUUGGUGGUGCUCUCCAUGGCACCAGCCAAUCCGCUUUUGACCAUGAUUUCCAUUCACCAACAUCGAGCCGCUCUGCGAGUAGAGUGUCGAGCCCUCAAGCUUCGUCACAUAGCCUGACCAAGUACGGUGUCUCUAGUCAUGAUCAUGCCUUGGACAAUGAGCGACGAUCACUCAACUCGCCCAGGAAUGAAUUUGGGGCCAUUGGAUCUCCGAGCCCCUCCCAUCAUCCAUCGUCGCACAACAAGUUUACCAAUUUAUUUGGUUUCCCAAAAUCUCGAGCAAAGACAACUCCUCAUGACAGUCCAACUCUAGGAAGUCUGAAAUCUGGGCAAAGCCAAUCCUUCCCUCGUUCUACAGACGAGCCUGAAGUAAUGGCAAACAGACAGAGACGCGUUAGUUUUACCUCUGGUUGGAAUGUGAUGCCAAGCUUGUUCAAUCGCGGUUCAGUAAGUGAUGCAAUCGAAGGCAACGCACCUGCCCCUGCUCGUAAUCCUACUGCCAGACGACGUCGUCUCAAUAUGUUUGGGUCCAGCAUCGACGAUCCCAUAAACUACUCGGAGCGUGAUCCUAGCAGCCCACGGCCUGUGUCAAUCGCCUCCUCAGAUCUUCCUCGACCAUCCACGGACAGUGCGCCGUUUGGUUGGCCCGCUGCAGAAGGCAACAUUAUCAACAGAAAUAGUCCUUUGGCAACCGACUGGUCCGUCAAUGUUACGCAACCAUGGUCAAGGACCCCUUCUAGGAGACCCAGCCUUCAGUAUAGUAACUCGAAUCCUUUGACAUCAGGCAUUGCCAGCGAUGAUGACGAGUUCCUGCCAUCGGAUCUUGUGACAGGUCAAGCUAGUCCACCCCCAGUUGGUGUCAUUGGAACAAGGCCUACCUCAGCCCACAAGCCUGUCACUCCUCGACUCAAUCCCGCAGCACCGACCUUUAGAGCGAUGUUCAGUCGCUCUGGCAAAGCCGGAAAGGAGCAGGAGAACACUCCAUGGAAGGAGCCAGCGAGUGAGAGUCGCGGAUCUACAGCAGACAGUUCUCACCACCCCUUUUUCGGGUCGCCAUCUGAAUUGAGAAAGUCCCGUGACAAUCGUUCAAUCCGUACUCAAAACAGUGUUGCUGAGUCCUCCGAGAGCCUGGAUAUCAUUACAAGCAAUACACCAUCCGAUGUAAUGUCCGGUAAUGCCAAAGAUAAAGAUACGUCAUUUACCAGGCGGCUUCUCCGAAAAGGCAGUUCAAGCAAGUUUAGCCUGUCUUCAAUCCGGGGCAAAGAUUCCAACCUUUUCAGUAGCAAGAAAGGAACAAGCGUCACGGCUGAUUCGGACAGAGCUGAGCGAGACGGAAGUAUUGAUCUUGGCGAUGAAAACCAGCUUGGCAAGAGUUAUGAGAGUGCCACCAGCAGUCCCAUGCUUGGUAGCAUGCCAUCUGGCGAAUGGUCUCGCAAAGACAAUCCAGGAACACCAAAAGAAGGUAGAAUGGGCGUCAACUGGUCAAGGGCUUUGGGAUUUAAAAAGGGCAAGGGUCGAGAGAGCUCGGAUGUGGAUCGCAGUGAGGCAGAUACUACCGGUCCUGAAGACUGAAGGAAAAGAUGUUUGUGAUGACGUUGGGUCUGUGGUUGACAAAGUGUGUCUUGUCAUGGAAUAGCUAGGCACGUCGUGAAGAAGAAAAAAUCUACAAGUUUCUAUUCCUCUCUGAAUCAUGUCGUUCUUAACUCUACAGUACUAGUGAUUCUAACGUGUCAUUUGUUUCUUUCGUGGUUUUGAGAUGGAUCCACGCUUCUCCAGCUCGUA